CUUAAAGACGCAGUACCAUGUCUCCAGAGUUCCGCGUCAUUUAUUCAUUUCUUGGAUUCAAUCAGGCGAUCCCGACUUCUGCGGGGAAGCUGCAGCUUAGGUCAGCUGUCAGAUUUCUACAGGAACCGUAAACUAGUUAUAGAAUUGUUUGUUUACGAAGAUGACUACCGGGAAAUACGUGUAACUGAUGCAGAAAUCCCAAAUGCAGCCAAACGGGAAAACUGGCUGGCCCUCCUCUAACUCGGUAAAUAGUCACGGAAGCUGGAGUAACACUAUGGAUGCUCCUCAGUAUUCGGGUUACCCUCCACAGUACUGGUAUCCGCAGUCUCCCUCCACAGGACCCUAUGCAAAUGCCUAUCCAUCAGGGUCAGAUCUGCAUCCGCAAUACAAUCCACAGGUAAUGCCAGGAGGAUAUCCAAACGGCCACGGAACCUACAACCAUGCACAGAGUCCCUACCCGGCAAGUAGCUUCCACCCAUCCAACCCUUUCUACUGCGCUGAUCCUCGGAGAGCAAGUCCAAGUUCCUAUCCGCACCAAGGCUGUCCGGCGGAUCAGAGCAGCGGGCAGACACACGCUCAGCAUCAUCAUUACACUGGUCCACACUGUCAAGGGGGUCCUGGAUAUCCUCCUGGAACAUACCCCCACUACAAUGAAGGCGGACACGCAAUGCACUCUAAUCCUCCUUACCCAGCCAGCCAGGCUCUUCAUCCCAAUUCCCAGGGUGAAGCAUGGGGACACCCCAGCCAGUAUGCCCACUCGCAGCAACAGUGGCAGGCAGGUCAGCAACCUCCCCAGAACCAUUACGGGAAUCCCGUCCGUCCACCUCAUCCUCCAGCGUGGCCAGGAACCGGGACAGGUGCCCCACCACCUUAUCAGCCCAAGGAUCAACAUCACCAACGCCCUCCGCAGGUGGGGCCUAAACCCAGGCUAGCACCACCCCCCAAUGGAAAACCAGCUGAAAUAAGUUCUCCUCCACAAAUCUACAACAAAACAGGAAGAGGUGAUGGCAACACCUCACAGGCUGAGCCUCCUCCCUCAGCCCCAGCCCAAGCUCCUGCACCGCCCGCAGGCCAGGCCGGACAGCAGCCCUUGAGUGAUAAUCCAGGUCUCGCCAAGGUCCAGUAUGUCAUGACCAGAGUUCAGCUUCUUCAGGAAGAUGUUGACGAGUUUGUGGGCAAAAAGACGGACAAGAGCUACCGCUGUCUGGAGGAACUUCUGACCAAAGAGCUGUUGGAGCUGGACUCCGUGGAGACUCAGGGACAGGAGAAUGUUCGACAAGCGCGGAAAGAAGCCGUGCAGAGAAUUCAGGCCAUCCUUGAUCAACUAGAGAAGAAAGCCUUCUGAAGUGGACUCGAUGUACUUGCUUGCAGGAACACCAAGUCUUAUGUUCGCUGAGAUCUUCCUUGACUGAAGCUUGGGAUCCAGUCCUGCCCUGCAGAACUGUAACAAUGACAUUUUUUUCUACAUAAAAAUAUAUAUGAAGAAAUUACAGAUCCAAGAAAAAAAAAGAAAUUUGAAGGAACUAGAAUCAGACGUGCACAUGAAUGCCAUGUCUUUUGCUUUAAAACCUACUGUACUCCUACAACAGAUAGAUUUAAGGUUAAAGUUAUGUUUGUUCUCCAUGUAUUUGUUUUUAAACUUCCAAAUAGAAGAAGAUUAAAUUACAGUUAAAUUCAGAUAGAUCUUGCAGGAUUUUGGGCUCACUUUUCUUUUUUCAGGUUAAAAAAAAGUUUAUUUUUUUAAAUCUCAGCAUCUUUCCAUAAUUCUGGUUUAGCAAAGUCUGUUUCUCCAUGUUGGGUCUAGUUUAAAGAAAGUGCCAUAUUUCAGAAAAUGGUUUUAUAAGUCUUGCAAGAACAAAAAAAAA